GCCACGAGGGCGUCAUGAUUUUUUCACCUGGUCGAAUAUUUCCAGACCGCCACGGGGUCGCGUCCUAAAUGUUACACGAACAUAAUACACCUCAGUGAAAGUCCUAGUCGGGAAGUGGACUUUUCGCCACCAGCGAGCAAGCCGUGUCGUGUUUUUUUUUAUUUUUUUUAAUAGCAAGUGAGUGGAAGAAGCCGAGCUCGUCCGUCCCCACCACCACACCACCACCACCACCGAGUUCUGCACAUCCCACGUAGUCGCGCGACAGUCAGCAACAACAAUGGCCAAGCGUAGUCUGUGGCGUAUGGAUGACCAGACCAGGAUGCUGACGGGUCUCACCGGACUUGGCGGACUACAGCCGGGCGAUGUUGGAGACCCGGACUCGGUUCGGAAACAGCAGUCCCUCGGCCAGCCCCAACAAGACAUCGGGGAUAUCCUACAGCAAAUAAUGGCCAUCACCGACGAGAGCCUGGACGAAGCACAGGCCAGAUGCUGGCCAGAAGAUUCGCCGGCGCAUUGGGGUGGAUCAGACGACCCCACAGAGGGAGGGAGAGCAGGGGGGGGCACGGCAGGGGGUGGCCUGCCAGUCAACUUCCAGUACAGGAAGCAUGCCCUUAACUGUCACAGAAUGAAGCCAGCCCUGUUCAGCGUUCUCUGCGAGAUCAAAGAGAAGACAGUGCUGAGUAUACGAGGCGUGCAAGAAGAAGACCCCCCAGAUCCGCAAAUCAUGCGUUUGGACAACAUGCUGCUAGCAGAAGGCGUGUCCGGCCCGGAGAAGGGCGGCGGGUCGGCUGCGGCGGCCGCGGCUGCAGCGGCGGCAGGCGGUUCGCCCACCGACAGCAGCAUCGAACACUCCGACUACAGAGCCAAGCUGGCUCAAAUUCGUCAGAUAUAUCACUCCGAGCUGGAGAAGUAUGAACAGGCGUGCAGCGAGUUCACCAACCAUGUAAUGAACCUGCUGAGAGAGCAGUCUCGAACACGGCCCAUCUCGCCCAAGGAGAUCGAGCGCAUGGUGGCCAUCAUCCACCGCAAGUUCAGUUCCAUCCAGAUGCAACUCAAGCAGAGCACCUGCGAGGCCGUCAUGAUCCUGCGCUCGCGCUUCCUCGACGCCAGACGCAAGAGGCGCAACUUCAACAAGCAAGCGACAGAGGUGCUCAACGAGUAUUUCUACUCCCACCUGUCUAACCCUUACCCUAGUGAGGAAGCAAAGGAGGAGCUUGCCAAAAAGUGCGGGAUCACGGUGUCUCAGGUCUCUAAUUGGUUCGGAAACAAGAGAAUACGUUACAAGAAGAACAUCGGCAAAUUCCAGGAGGAAGCCAACCUCUACGCAGUGAAGACAGCAGUGGACGCCGCCAAUGUGUCGGCGCAAGCUAGCCAGGCCAACUCACCGGCGACGCCCAACUCAGGCGACAGCUACCUUGGGCUGCGAUUGCUCAACGGGGAGGGCAUCAGCAUCGCACCCUCUCUACAGCCGCAGGUGGAUACCCUGCACCGUGCUACACACCUGACGGGCGGCUAUGAGGAGCUUUCAGGUAGCGGCCUCUACACCCCUCAUCGCCUGGAUGCUAACAGCUGGCAGGACCCGAGCGACCCCCCCUCCGCCACCCCUCCUCCCGGCAGCGUCCACUCCGACACCUCUAACUGAUUCCGCCGCCACGCCAUUUCUACGUCCCGGACCGGACGCCGUCACAUCAUAUACACAACACACUGUGCUGGAACACAGGACAGCAACGCAACCUCGGACUCCAUCCCGCUACCGAUCGGUCACGCGUGCCCUCGCCCCCCCAAAAAAAGUCAUCUUCCUUACCUGUCGCGCUGUGUUAGCAAGAGUGGAUGGAACUAAUGUGUUUUCUUUUUUUUUCUUUCUUUUGGAGUGGGGUCGCUUUUGCUUUCAGUCCCCUAGUUUCUCUUUAUUGUAGCCCAUUUUGUCAGUUUAAAAAAAAAAAAAAAAUGUGUGAGAAUGCACCAGCCGCCACCAAAAAUCCACAAACGCUGCCAAUAGAGCAUCCGGGGGGGUGUAGUGGCGAUCUAGCAAAACUCGUCGUCUUCCAUGCAUGUUCGGACUCGUGUUUUCAUCUUCAUUCAGCCCUUUUCAACUCCGGAAAAUGUAGAAAAAAAAAAAGAAAAAAAAAAAAAAAGAAGGUAUAACUAUUACACAGUCAGACCAAAAAAAAAGAAAACAAAAAAAAAGAGCGGCGAGCACGACGACUUCUGUUGAACCAAAACCAAAAAUAACAGUCACUAAUCAUCAUCACCACUAUUUUUGUGUGUCUUGUAUUUUAUUUUGGGGGGUGGGAAAGGGGUGAAAACACAUUUUAAUUUUCGAUAUAGACAAAAAACGCACGAGGGCUUACACACUCUCGCCUUUUAUUACCAAAAAAAAAAAAAAACAA